CCCAUGGCCGGCGAGCUGCGGUGCUGGUGCCUGCAGACCGAGGCCGCGGUGAUCCAGCCCAAGCGCAUCGCCCACGGGGAGCUGAUCCCCGAGGGGCCCCACUGCGGGGUGCCAGAAGUCAUAGCCACCACGAAGCACGGCAAGAAAGUCUGUCUGGAUCCCACCGCGCGCUGGGUCCAGCUGAUCAUCACCAAGAUCCUGAACAGUACAACAUCGAAAAAAUCAUGAAGAAAACCUCUGAUUUGCCUGCCAAGAAAAUGGCAUUUUGUGAGCCAGGGAC